ACAACCACUACACUACAACCACAACUUACAACUUGCAACGAAGGAGUCGAUAAUCGGAAUGACCAGAAAAAAGUACUUCAUUCAGGUAAAUGGCAAUGUCAUCAUUCGCACACAUAUAGGCAUUCAUUGUGCUAUGGAGCCAUGUUUGUUUGAUGAAACUGUUCAGGUCAUUCUCCAGUCUAUAGAGAGCAUUGUUUACAAUCGUGUCCAGGAAGUGAAGACAGGUGUAGAUGCGAAAAAAUGGAUCUUUCAAUUUGGAUGCACCAAAAGAGAUGAAAUGCUUAUAUCUUAUGCAUUUCGACGCAGUCCAACUAAAAAUUCCAUCUUGAUGAAGAAUGAUAAAACGCCUGGAGAAAAGAAACCAUCACUGGAAGGGGGCUUCUGGCAGUGCUUCGGCAUCUUCUGUGAGCAGCUUGUUAUUACUGCAACUGAACAAAUUGUGAAUUCUUGUAACUCUCCGAUGCAGAAUAUGUUCCUGAAUGAAUGCAAUCCAAGCAAAUACUUCUUUGGCUCUUCAUUAUCACUAACGAUGUCUACAAAACGAAAAAAGGCAGCCUUCACAAAAAUGAGGUUCAAAUCCGCAAUUGAGCAAUCAGAGGAAGAUAGAGAUGUUUCCCAAAAGUUUCAAGGUAAAAAGCGUGAGACGAAUACUGUUGAAAAAAUGGCCAAACUGUGUGGACGUUUUUUAUACGACACUCACUCUAAGGAUAGUAAUGCUAAAUCGUGCGCAUCAAAGACCGAACUUGAUUGCCAAUCAUUUGCUACUGUCAACAAAAGUAAAAGACAUUUGGAAGUGGAUAACUCAGUGCCUUUGCAAGACUCCAAACGAACAAGGAUGACCAAAAGCAUUAAACCUCAAUCAAAGGGGAUGAGUGAAUUUGAAGUUGUAGAAAAAUCUAAAGAAAUGAUAUUAAUUGACAAUUAUGAUGAAGUAUCCUUUGAAAAUAUAAGUUCUGUGACCGAUAUUACUACUACCCAGAUUCGGUCUGUUGUGAGGUCUAUGGAGCCAGAUAUCAGAAGUAUUUUUGAAGGCACGACGUAUUCAGCGAGACAUCAAGAAUACAAAAAAGGAGGAGCAAGUCGAGCCAGACUUGUUUCAAAUUCAAAUUAUCACCAUUUUACUGAAGAGCAACAGGAAUGCAUCACGGACACAUUAAGACAGAUCUUUUGCUAUAAACAUACAAAGUAUUUCGAUUACAUAUUAAAAGUACUCGUUCCUGAAACCAUGGUGAUGGUAAUUGGGGCUGUGAAGAAUAAUUGUAAACGUUCAGAGCUUCAAAAAGACAAUGGAGAGAUGGGAGGUACAUCGCCCUAGUUGCCAUCUUUCAAGAAAACCUUUCGAAGAAGCUUCAACGAGUUAUUGAUCUGCACAAGAAGAGCUUAUCGCCAAUCAACAACUGCCUUGUGACAAAUAUAUCACAUGCUGCUGAGUCAGAUGCGUAUCAGCAGCCAUUGUAUGUAAGCUAAAUAGACUAAAAGAUAUAAACACGCAGCUUUAGACGAGCAAACGACUAAUGUUUGCUUUCCAAUAACUUCAACUGACAAACUGUGAACAACUGCUAGCAGUGACAAAAGUAAAGAUCAACGAGAAGCCAACAGAAGAAUUGAUGAACUUGAGUCUGAGAUAAUCUAACAUGGAUGUUAUGGUAUUAUUUCUGCAUAUUUCAUUUUUCUGCAUAAUCUAGAAAGGCAAUUGCAACUUUCAUAAACAAUGAAACACUGACAGGAAGGCAGAUCAGAAAAAAGACUAGAAAAAUUGAUUUUUUUCCCAGUGGUUUGAUUAGAUUAACUGUAAUUAACAAAAAAUAUUGACAAGAGGACCAACCCAGGACUUUGAAGCCAGAGAACAAAUAUCUAAAUAAACAAAGUAUAAGAUGUUAGUAUUAGUUCUUAUAUUACUUUCAAUAAAAUUGCGUCGUUUACAUUAUAUUUAAUAACUCAUCUGACCACUUAUCUGAGAAUACUGUCCAAUCUUAUGUAAAUUGUUAUUUUUUGCAUUAUUAUUAGUAUGUUUAUGUAAUUUGCAGUCAUUGUAUGUAAUUAGUGCUUUUAUUUGGAUAUUGUAUGUAGAGGAAUUUUAAAAUUGAACUGAACUCAACUGAACUGAACUGAACAAUGUUUUGCUGCUUCAUUAAGCUUCAUUAUGUAAGCUAUGGCAAUGUUUUUGAACGUGUUAUGUACAGUGCAUGUUCCCAAUGAAUCAAUAUACUUCUUAUAUUUUUUUCCAUCAAGUCAAGAUAGUUUCCAAGAUAGCUUGCUAUACAAGGUUUAGGUUAUUUAACAGAAAAUGUCCAGCAGAAUGGUAGUAUGACAGAGAAUGGUAGAAGAAAGCACUAACCUAACAAACAGAUCUGGCAUAAUCAUUUGGUAUCAAGAGUUCAUUUGUCAAACAGAGUAAUAUAUUGGGUGCAACAUCUGUUUUCCUAUCUGUUGUUUUAAUAGUUUUAAUUGACAUCACUAUUCUUCAUAGAAUGUGAAUGACGUUAGUUGGACAGACUUACAUAACGUAAAAAAGAGAUUAGUGCACACAAGGUCUAAAUUUAACAAAAAGGCAGAUAAUUGUGUAAAUAUACUUGUGCAACCAGUCAAGCAAAGCUUACCACAGAUUCCAUGCCUGAUCUUUAUAGAAAUUACUGCCUCCCCAGUUUCAUCUUAAUUUUUUUUAACUGAACCUAUAUCGAUAUGAUACCCAGGAUUUGACAACAUAUUUGGCAAAGUACAUUUUAACAAAAAAUUCCAAACAGAUGUUGGCUGAAAAUGAUUAAAAACUGACAUCAACUAGUGUGUAAAAAGCAGGUUGAUAACAAGAUAUGAAAGUUGAAUCAUUGAUUAUUGUGAGGUUUGUACCAAAUGUAGCUUUGUCUGGUUUUAAAAAACAUGGAAAAUGACAGUUCUUAAUCUUCUGGAAAAUGAAUAGCUUUAUUGCAGUG